GUAAAAGAAAACGUGAGCGAGAGGAAGAAAGAGAAGAACGGGAAAAGAUUUGGAAGAAGUUAAAAGGAUUAGAAUCGCUUUUACAUAAAAUUACAGGGACAAUAGUAAGCGAGCAAAACCACUCUGCUAACGAACAAUCUUCGAAUUCAGGUGAGUGUAAAAAGAAGAGUGGUUGCUUAAUGACGAUGUGCCCACACGAGUGGUGGGACAGAUCGCUCAAGAAUUUCAAUAGAAAAUUCAAAACAAUGUGCCCACACGAGUGGUGGGACAGAUUGUUCAUUUCGAGUAAUACUUGCACGAGUGGCAAGGUGUAAUUUGGGGUCUACAUGGCUUGUUGCAGAGAGUGCAAGCGAGGGAAAUGGUACUGGAGAUCAGCUAAUCAAUAAUCCAGCCGAUAGCUUACCGACCCACCCUGAACCGCAAGAUAAUUCAAAUCUCACGCGACAGGGUACGCUAAUGGACACUGAGGAAAGAAAUAUGGCGGAAACAGAGAAGGUCGAUUCAUCAACCGAGGUAGAUGAGGAGACUCAACAUAUUUUAGGAAAGGACCCAAGACUUAAAAAUACAAAUAUAGCUUCAAUACACCCAGAAGUUGCAGCGAGAUGGUCGUCAUGGAUUCCAGAGGGUCUUGAAAAAGAGAUCAAGGAGAAUCUCAUUGCAGCUUAUCCACGAGCUGAAAACGUUCUGUUAGAACCCCAGAUUCUGAAUGAAGAAGUCGCCGUAAUAAUGCAACCAGCGGCAAAGAAGCGAGAUGAACAUGCUGUCGAAACACAGAAAUCAUUAGGUUCAGCUAUGAUAGCCCUAGGCCUGGGGAUUUCCUUAAUAUUGAAGGAAAAGGUCAUUAAAGAUGAGCACAGGAAUCUGUUGUUAGAAUAUGUAAGUGACGCAGGGAUGCUAAUGGCUGAAACUCAUCAUCAAAUGGCUAUUAACAGAAGAGCAUUUAUUCUGCCAGGAUUAGAAAAAUCCAGGAAAGAUGCUCUCGAAAGAUGUCAACUCGACAAAUAUCUGUUUGGUGAAAAAUUAGCGGAAAAAAUCCAAACAACGAAAACAAUUGAAAAGGCGGCUUCCGAACUUAAGCCUAAGCAAAUAAUGAAAAAAUUUCCCUCGAAAUCACAGAAUCAUUUAAACUGGAAGAACCCAUCUUCGAAGAAUCUGGGAUAUUCGAGGAUGGGACAGAAGAUGUACAAUCCCCAAACUCAGAGAAUGACGUCCAAGAGAGACUCGAGAUAUGCGAGCUCUCACAGCAGAACCAAAACAACUCACCGGUCAUCGGAUCGUCGUCACAAAUAGAGAUCAUUAAAUCAUCCCUUGCAUCAAAAAAUGUUUUUGAUUGUCGGCAAGCUAUCCGGACAGCGUUCGAAAAAAGAGGACUUCCGUCAUCAGCCGUAGAGAUUGUAAUACUAUCGCUUGCAGAAGGAACAAUAAAACAAUAUGCUGGUCCAAUAAAAGAAUGGUUUGGAUUUUGCGAAGAAAAGAAGCAAGAUCCAUAUAAUAUCACAGAAAAUAAUUUAUUAGAAUUUUUAUCUCACAAGUUUCAAGCAGGAGCAGCUUAUGGCUCCCUAAAUUCAAUGAGAGCAGCAAUAUCCCUAUUAUCAGAAAAAAGCCUAUCAUCUAGUCUAUUAUUAAAUAGAUUUUUCAAAGGUGUCUAUCGAAAUCGUCCUC